AUGGACAGAGCACUUGACCUGGAUCGGAGAUAUCCUGCUACACACCGCGAUGCUUUUUGUAUUCCCUCAUUUGGUUCAAUGGGUCUGAAAAGUGGCGGAAACACCUCAGAUUAUUCACCUGUCACUUACAUGUGCGGAAACUCGCUGGGAUGUAUGCCCAAGUCUACCAGAAAUGCCAUCAACCAAGAAUUAGACGCUUGGGCUGACCGUGCCGUUGAGUCGCACUUUCGCCAUCGUGGUGCCUCUGAGGGCCUCACUCCCUGGAUGGAUAUCGAUCUGCCAUUGUCCAACCUAUUACCUUCCGUAGUGGGAGCUUUGGAAUCGGAGGUUGCAGUGAUGGGCUCCCUCACAUCGAACCUCAAUGCAUUGCUGGUGGCUUUCUAUCGCCCCACUCCCUCCAAGUACAAAAUCAUCUGCGAGAAGGGCGCAUUUCCGUCAGACUUCUAUGCUUUUUACAAUCAGUGUGGUCUCCACCACGUCGAUCCAAAAGAUGCACUCAUUCGACUAGAGCCGCGUAGCGGAGAAACUUUUUUACAAACUGACGAUAUCAUUCAGGCUAUAAGUGACAACAGCGAGCAACUAGCUCUCGUUUGUCUGCCUGGAAUUCAGUACUACACAGGGCAACUGUUCGAUAUGGAAAAAAUUACUUUAUUCGCACACCAAUUCGAGGGUGUAGUUGUUGGAUGGGAUUUGGCACAUGCCGUUGGUAACGUUCCCCUUCAACUUCAUGAUUGGGGGGUGGACUUCGCCUGUUGGUGCUCCUAUAAGUACCUCAAUUCUGGGCCCGGUGGCAUUGCUGGAAUAUUCGUGCACGAAAACCAUGCGCAGGUUGGCGCUUCCGAACCAGAUGGAUACUUGCCUCGUCUGGCUGGCUGGUGGGGUAAUAACCGCGAAAGAAGGUUUCAAAUGAAGGAGCUUUUCGAGCCAAUUUCAGGAGCUCUUGGGUUCCGUCAAUCCAACCCUAGUGUGAUUGACGUUGUCGCAUUGCGAGCCUCGCUAGAAAUCAUCAAGGAUUUUGGUGGAAUCAAAGCUUUGAGAGAGAGGUCUUUACUCCUCACCGGUUAUCUUCUAGAGUUACUGCAACAAUCAAAAUUCUAUCGUAAAUCUCUUCCUUCUGGUAAGAACGAACCCGGAUUUAUAAUUUUGACUCCAUUGGACGAAAGGGAGCGUGGUGCUCAACUAUCGCUAUAUUUCUUUCCUCACCAUGAUGACCGCAAGUUAGAUACCAUGGAGAGGGUUUGUGCCUACUUAAACCAACGAGGAGCGAUAGUAGAUGAGCGUAGACCAGAUGUCAUAAGAAUAGCACCAGUCCCGCUUUACAACACGUUCCAAGACGUAUUCAGAGUUGUUGAAUUGCUAAACGGGGCAUUUCAAGAGAUUCACGAAAAUUAG